AUGGCGGCCAAUUUUGUUAUUUUUGUAUCAAAAAUGAGGGCAGUCAACUGGUCAAUGACAAAUAUGUCUGAAUUUGCUAUUUAUUUCACGGAGAACAAGUAAAACGAGGUCUUCCACCAGUUGUUUAAUGGUUUUCAACUUUCUGUCAUUACGUUUUCUCCAUGAAACUACGCCUGAAGUAGCACAAGCAUUAAAGAAAGGCUGCCAAAAUUUGUUGAGCAAUGGUUCAGUUGUCCGUAAAAUAGAAAAUCUUGGGCAAAGAGAACUUCCUUACUACAUGCGUGCACACAAUACCAUUCACAAAGAAGGACAUUAUUUUCUGUUAAACUUCGAUUCUCCUGUUGAGUCUUUGAAGCCAAUCAAACAAGGAUUUAAAGAGCACAGAGAUGUUGUCAGAGCUGGCUUAGAAAGAACUGAUCAAGUAUUACAAAAACCUUGUCUUGAUGGACCAUGUCAGUUUGGUGAAAUUCCAGACCCUUUACACGAAAAGCGUAUUUAUAGACAAAAAGUGACCAAGAGAUUGGCAAAAACAUAUGGAAAAUUCUCAUUAAAUCUUAAGUGGAAAUAAAUGUAAAUAAAUUGGA